AUGUCUGUCUUCAAUAAAACCUUUUCGGCUGAUAUGUUAAGCCUACUAUACAAUGCCACUGGUGCCCUUGACUCUCUCCAGUUCGUGCGUACUUCAACGAAAAAAGCUGGUGGUGGUAAAACCAAUAAUUUUAAUUCUGCUGGUCGUCGUUUGGGUCCUAAAAAACAUGAAGGCCAAUUAGUGCAAACUGGUGAAAUCAUUAUGAGACAGAGAGGUUCCAAAUUUUACCCAGGCGAAAAUGUUGGUAUUGGUAAAGAUUAUACAAUUUUUGCUCUAGAGCCAGGUUUUGUUCGUUUCUAUUUGGAUCCUUUUCAUCCAAAGAGAAAAUUCAUUGGUGUUGCUUUAAGGGAAGACUUGAGAUUGCCAACUCCUCAUUGGGAACCAAGAGUAAGAAGAUUUGGUUACCAAUUAUUGACUGAUCCUAUUGAAGCCGAAAAGGAAGAGCGCAAUAUGUCAAGAAAGGAAUACUUAGAUUCUUCCAGAAUUUUCGAUCAGCUACAAAAUCGUCAAUUGAAGAAUGAACAACUAAAAAAAUUGUAUGCUGAGCAAUUGUCUCUGAUUACUAGCGAAUCCUUUUCUGAAUCUGAUUUGGAUUUGAUAACUGAUAGAUUGGUCUUGCUCUCAAGAUAUUGCAAAAACGGGCAAGCUUUAGAAGACGCAUCUGGUUUAAUAACUUUCAACCAUAUAUAUGAUUUGAAACUAGCUGUUAAAAGAGGAGAGUUGACUCAAGAGGACUUUCAAACCAAAAAAGAAAAUUACGAAAAAUUAUCUAAUAUAAUUGAUCCUCUUGUUGAUUUUGACUCAAAAUUUAUGCUAUAUAAAAAACUAUCAAAAGAAGAAAAAGAUUCUUCUAAGGAAAAUAUCAUUUCUCAGCUAGACUCCUUAGUAAAAAAUCCUAUUAUAAAUCUUGACACAAAAAAAAAAAUAUUGCAAUUAAUUAACCAACCAUUUUAUUCCCGAAAAGAAAUAGUACAGUUGAGAAGAAAAUACCUCAAACCUGUUUUGCCUGAAACUCUUGCAAUAGCCAACAAACCUGGCAAGAAAACAAUAGUAAUUAAACGUUGGAACGACGAAAAACGAAGAGUAGACACUGUUAUUAGAACAAAAGAUGCCUUUUUGUCAAGACUCAACUAA